AUGGCGCAACCAAUGACUGUUGAUGAAUUCAAUGAAUACGAUAGUUAUACAGUUCAAGAUUGGGAAAAGAUGUGGAAUGAUGGCCAAUUAGGCAGUAUGACGUCCAAAUUUCAUCCCAUGAUGGUUAAAUUCCAUGAGAUGAUUAUUCAAUCAGAUCGCCAUAAUCGUGUUUUUGUACCUUUAUGUGGUAACUCGUUGGAUUUAUUAUGGCUUGCUCGAAAAGGAUGCUCUGUGGUUGGCUCUGAAUGUGUCGCUUUUGCUUGCCAAAAUUUUUUCACCGAAAAUCAAAUACCUUAUGAGAUACGUGCUCUAGAUGGCAUUGAUGGCAACGUAUAUUGCAGUAAAGAUGAAAAGUUAGAUAUUAGAAUAUUUCAAUGCGAUCAUUACCAGUUGUCACCACGCAUUGUUGGUUAUCCAUUGGACAGCGUUUGGGACAGAGGAGCAUUUAAUUCGGUACCCAUGAAACGCAGAGCUGAAUAUGUGCAACAUAUGAGCACUUUAUUGACUAGUUCGGCUACUGUUUUAGUCGCAGUUUCAGAAUAUGAGAUUGUCAGUGAAGGCGAUGCAAAUCACGAUAUCCCUACUGCUGAAGAGGGUAUUUAUAUCGCUUUUAAGCCUCUAGCAAGUGUCGAACUCAUUGAACGCUCGAUUACUGAAAGACAUGAAUUUGAAAAUCAAGUCAUGGAAGUUGGCGAAAUUUUAUUCAAAGUUAAAUUUAAUUAA